AUGGGAAUGCGGGGUCAUGGAAUACUAGGAAAACCGUUCAAUUGUCCGGGGAUCUUAAGUAUGGAACAAGCAGUCGUCGUAUCUUUUGUGUGCGAUAUUUAUUGGAUCUGCGGUUUGAGCUAUGCGAGCCAAAAGAAUUCAAUAAGCCAAAAGAAAAGACUAGAGAACACAAAUGGUAGUAAAGAGCAUACAACAGAUCGUCUAUCUUAUGCGCAAGGUCCUUCUUAUAACAAGCUCUUCACCGCGGAUAUGCUACGGUAUUUGGACCUCUUAUCCGUUAUAGGAACACUGUGGCCCAUUCGUGCACCUUAUCUUGAUUGCAGCUUGAAGCAAAACAACAUCAAAAGAAAUACACAUAUGAGCUACCAGUAUCAUAGCAAUGUGAAGCCAAGUUCUUCUUGGCUCGGUGGGGAUAUCACCUUCCAGGAACAUAAUCAAAACGUGUAA